UCCUGGCCUCCGGGCGGCGCCGGCCGGCAUGGCCAGCUGGGUGUUCUGCAAUCGCUGCUUCCAGCCGCCGCACCGGACGUCGUGCUUCAGCCUGACCAGCUGUGGCCACGUGUACUGCCACGUCUGCCUGGGCAAAGGCGGGAAGGACAAGUGUGCCAUCUGCCGCGCUCCCUGCCGCACGGUCCCGCUCUCCAAGCACACCGACUGGGACAUCCAGGCGCUCUUCUUGCGCGUGGACAGCCUGUGUGCCAGGUACUCUAGGGACACCGCACAGAUUUCAGAGUUUCAAGAAAAGCACAGGAGGAGACUCUUGGCUUUCUACAGAGAGAAGGUCUGGAGGCUAGAGGACGCCCUCAGAAUGUCGGCGCUGCAGGUGCAGCAGCUGCAGAGUGCCAGGGCGGCUCCGCAGGUGGCCUCGGGCACAGUUCGGACCUCGGUCUCGACUCCGUCCGCAAGGCCACACGGCUGCCCGCUGCUGCUCCUGGAUGCGCCGGCCUCCGUGAGAGCAGAGCCCAUGGACGUGGACUCGGAGCCGACUCCGAAGAGGAGGCCCGAGGGCGCAGCUGGCCCCAUGAGGAUCUCCCUCAUCAGCCCCCCGCAAGACGGGCGCAUGGGCAGCGUCUGCCGCCCGGGCAGCACCCCACUCCCUGGCCCGACGCCCACGCGUAUGGCUGCUGCCACAGCCCUGAGGGGGGUGCCGCCGGCCCACACGCCCACCCCGCCGCCCAGCCUCGUGGGAGCAGACCCCUCACCCAGGCCCCCCAUUAGCAUCUCGGGGCUGCGGCAGCGUGGAGGCUCUGGCGGCCACGAGAACAAAGGCUGGAUUGUGCCUGUCCUGGGCCAGCUCCCUGGCCUGGCCGCUGCCCCUGCUGGGCCCCGAGGGCGCCGUGAUGCUUGCAGCCAGCAGGCCCCCAACCUGAGGCUGGUCUGGCAUGGUGACGCCUCGAGGCUCGGGCUGGCUCCCCAGGAUGCAGGUGGCACCGCGCUGGCCAGGCUGAGGUGGCGCUCGGGCACCCUCAAUUGGGCAAUGAAGAUGGGCUUGGCCGUGGGCGCUGCUCCUGGCCAUGGCGUGGGCGUGGAGCAUGGCCUGAAGGUGCGGGUGGCCCAGGAGGACUGGCGACUCUGA